UCCGUUUCAAAAGCUUGGUUCCGACUUUCGUGACUCCACCACCACCAGUGGCAAAAGCGUCAGUUUUUCGCUCGACUCCUUUCGAUUUUUUAGGGCUUAGCUCGCCGAGCCCGCCGUUCGCCCGGCCCACCCCAGGCCCACGAACACCCUCGCGCUCCCGUCCCGUCCCCGGACCUCAGCGCCGCCGUCGCCGGAGCCGGCCUCUCUGUUGCGCGCGGCAAUGGCGUUCUCCUUCGCCUCGCCGCCGGCGUCGAAUCCGUUCCAGACGCCGGCCCCGGCGGCGCCGAAUCCGUUCCAGACUCCCGCUCCGGCGCAGGCGCCGUCCUUGUCGCCCUCACCGUUCCAGUUCAACUUACAGCAGCAGCAGCCGCCACAGCAGCAGGUGGCGCCGGCGGCACAACCGCAACCCCAGCAGCAGAAGCAGCAGCUGAUGUUGUACACGAUGGAGGGGAAGCCCGCGGGGUACAACACCAAGUGGGAGGAGCUGCACGCCGAGUCACAGAAGGCGCUGCUCCAGAUCGAGGACAAGAUACGGGAGUAUAGAGAUGAGAGUGAGAGGUUGGAUCAAUGCAGUCGCCUUUAUGACUCCUCGAUCUCAAAUAUCAAUUUUGAGCUUGAUGCGAGUCGCAUUGCUCAGGAGCUUGGAGGCACCACCACUGUGAUGGAGAGGGAGAAGGUUUCCAUUCAAGAGUUAAUGACUGUUGUCAAUGAAAUGAUGUGGAACACUGAAUUUGCUAUUCGGUCAUAUAUGAUGUUGAGGCCAAGAUUCAGCCGUCCAGGUGCUGGAGCUGCAAAUGGUGGUUCUUCGAACCCUGCUGGAAAUCCAUCCAAUCAGCCAGUGUCAGUGGCACCGACCAUUGAUUUCUACAGUGGGGUCCCAAAGCGCCCUUCCCUAUUUAUGCAGCAAACUGUCACUAGGUUUGAGUGUUAUCUUGCGGAGUGCUGCAAGUGGAUCGGUGAGCUAGAGCAGCUGUUUCAAAUGGAGAAUAAUAAAAGAUCGUCAGAUUCUUUGGAAUCUCUUCCAAAAGUUAUGUCAAAUGUGCAUGACUACUUCAUCUAUGUUGCUUCUAAGGUGGAAAAUCUUCAUCAAUAUGUUGGGUCAAUGAAAACUGAAUAUCUCAAUGAACAACGUCGUAUGGGUAUUGGGAAUGAUCCAUUUCUAGAGGCAAACAGAAGAGAAGCAGCUAAACAAGAAGCGGCUGCCAGAAGGGUCCAUCCAACUUUGCAUUUGCCUGCUCCUGCACAGCCUACAACACAAAUUGCUGCACCAGCAACAAGCCAACCGCAGCAAUCUUUCCCUUCUGGCACGGCUUCGUCAAGUGCUUUUUCAGCUUUUGGCACUCCAGCUUCCGCUCCAUCGUCUUCUAGCCUCUUUUCAACUCCAACUACUCCAGCUCCAUCAGGCAACCUUUUUGGUACAGCUGGAUCGGCUCAGUUGACCACACCAUUUGGGACAGCUUCCACUCCAACACUUGGAUCAACACCAGCUCCAUCUGGAUUUGGGACCAGCAAUAUAUCUUUUGCUUCACCGUCUACAUUGGGUGGAACACCACUAUUUUCUACACCAUUUGGAGGUGGAGCUACAGCUUCGGGUUCCAGCUUCGGAGGUGCAUCGAAGGGGAGGUCCAAGCCACGGGGACGACGCUAGAUAUAACCAAAUCAGUGUGACAUGCGGCUGGAACAAUGGAAGCUGCAACGAAGCAACUCAGUAGCGUUCAGACUACUGUUGUCGGCGUCCCCAGAGCUGAUGAUGAACCGAGUCGUUUUCAUGGCUUGGUGCUGGACACUCUGGAGGACGUCUAUUUCGUCUCGUUGCGUUUGAGUUCGGAGGGUUGAGGAUUGGUGUUGUUUCUCUCUCACACUUUUCCAGGGCAGCGGCGGUGCUGUUUACAACGACCAGCAGCUGCGAAUGUUCUGUGACCGUUCGCCAGUCACUUUUGGUGGAUAAAUUGUGAUGGAAUAUAUAUUUGUUUUUUCCGUUU